AGCCCCCCAUUCUGGAUGUGGAGUUGGCAUACUUGCAGAGCAGGCUGGCUGUUGUUGUUGUUGGCCGUCGGCUUCUUUGCAAGCGAGGAGGAAGUGAGGAGCGGAGGCUGUGUUGCGCCGCUGCUGGCUUUGCUUGCUCUGCUAAGCGCGGCCUCCGGUAGGAACUGGCCUGAACUGCAGUUGUCGAGCAACGGCUCUGUUUACUCAAACAAACACUCAGGAAAGAAGAAGACAAAAGAAGUGUGGGAUCACCCAGACCUGGAACAGAUUGAUCCAGCAAUGUUAAAAUAUUGCCAUGCUGCAGCUGCAACAUGUAUAGUGGAAGCUGGGAAGCAAAAAGCGGACAAACCUGCCAUAAGCACCUAUUUAGAAGACUGUAAGUUUGACAGAGAGAGAAUUGAACAAUUUUGCACCGAAUACCAGAAAAAUAAAGAUAACUUGGAAAUCCUAUUGGGAAGUACAGGCAGAUGUCCACCCCAUAUAACUGAUAUUUGUUGGCGUUUGGAAUAUCAAAUCAAGACGAAUCAGCUUCAUAAAAACUAUCACCCUACCUAUCUGAUGACCUUAAAUGUAGAGAACAAUGACUCAAGAUCUCACCAGGACAUUAAUUUUAGUUGUUCUAUGGAGCAACUACAGGAUUUAAUUGGAAAAUUAAAAGAUGCAGCUAAAAGUCUAGAGAGGACAACUCAGCAGUAGAUGCAGAGGUGCCAGUCUACUGGAUCCAAGAAGAAGGAAAAUGAGAUGAUUUUUCUUUGUUCGCACCCUGCUGGAUGAAACUUUGAUAACCUUUGGCCAUGACUUUCUAGACAAGAUGACAAGAUUUGUGCAGUCAAGACUAUUGCAUUUUUUUAAAAAAAUAACCUGUCUGACCUAAAUGUUUCUUAUUCAACUGUCUCUUUUCCUGUUUGCCCACUGCUCAAACUUUUUUUUAUGGGGGGGGAGUCUUUCAUUUCUUCCAUUCCCAUUUUUAACCUCUAAUAAAGAGAGAUGAUUGAU